AUGGGGAGGAGCAAUUUUGCACGGCACUGCGUGUGUUUUUUAUCGUUUGUUACUUGGGUUUUGGGUGGCGUUGUGCUGGGAACAAUGAUGUGGGUCUUGGCUACAACUCCUACAGUUAAGAGCUUUUUCACUGGUAGCUUGAUAUUCACCUAUAUAGUUUUAUGUGUUGGUUCUCUACUGUUUAUAAAUGGAAUUUUAGGAUGGAUUGGGUCUUAUAAAAGAGGGACUUGCCUUAUGAAAUUUUAUUUGGUUCUUUCUGUGCUAACAAUCUCUGCUGAAGUGGGUGGCAUUGUUGCUUUGAAUGUUUUGCGCAUGAAGAUGACGGAUGUACUGAGCACGGCGUGGAGUGAAGUAAACCAAAUAACAAAAAAUGUUGUUCAAGAACAUUUUGAAUGCUGCGGUUUCCUGGGACCCCAAGAGUUUGCCGAUACGACAGAUCCUAUCGAUGACAGCUGUUACUACACGGUUAUGUCGGACGAAGAUGCAUCUGUUGUACAAAUGCGGACUUUGAAUAGGAUGGGGUGUAAAGAAAAGUUGGUCGACUGGUUUUAUAGCAAUAAAGUUAUCUGGAUCGCCAGUUUGGGAGGAUUGUUAUUAUUGCAGGUGACCGUUGUCUUGUUCGCAGUUUGUGUCAUCAAUCAAAUUAAGAGAGCAAGAAGAUCAAAUUCAUCAUCAUACAACGAAAUUCAUUAUCAUACCAGGCUGUAG